UUCUUCGUCAAUCGUCACCAUUAUCUGUAAUAACUCUAUAUUUCAACAAAUUUCUGCAGCAACCGCCAUAUGGAUAGUCAAAGGCGCCAGCUUCACCUGUUUUUCUUGCCGUACUUGGCCCAAGGCCACAUGAUCCCCGCCAUAGACAUGGCGAAGCUAUUUGCUUCGAAAGGUUUGAAAAUAAGCAUAGUCACCACUCCUCUCCAUGCCUCCCUACUCUCCAAAACAAUCGAAAAGGGAAAAACUUUGGGGUUCAAAUUGGAUGUUCUAAUCAUCGAAUUCCCUUGUGUCCAGGUUGGUUUGCCCAACGGAUUCGAGAGCUACCACAUGGCCACUUCUCCUGAUUUGCGGCAGAAAUUCUUGAAGGCCACCACCAUUCUGGAGCACCCACUUGGAGAACUUCUUCAAGAACAUCGCCCUGAUUGCCUUGUGGCCAGCGUGAUGUUUCCGUGGGCUACUGUUGUUGCUAGGAAAUUCGGCAUACCAAGGCUGAUUUUCCAUGCAACCAGUUUCUUCUCUAUAUGUACCUCUGAAUGUCUUAGGCUAUACGAACCCCACAAAAACAUUUCAUCAGAUUCAGAGCCAUUUAUUAUCCCCAACUUCCCUAAUGAGAUCAAGCUCACGAGAAAGCAGCUGCCAGAAUUAUUUACACAAAAAGUUAAUGAUGCGGGUUUAAUGGAGUUGUAUAAACAAGUUAUAGAAGCAGAGCUGACAAGUUAUGGGGCUAUUUUUAACAGCUUCUAUGAGCUUGAGCCGGCUUAUGCAGAUUAUUACAAGAGGGUACUUGGAAGGAAGGCUUGGCAUAUAGGCCCAGUUUCACUUUGCAAUAAGGAAAAUGAAGAUAAAGCACGAAGAGGAAAGGAAGCCUCCAUCCACGGCCAUGAGUGUUUGAAAUGGCUUAAUUCCAAGGAACCCAAUUCUGUUGUUUAUGUCUGUUUUGGGAGUAUGGCAAACUUCAAUGAUUCUCAGCUAAUGGAGAUUGCAAUGGGUCUGGAGGCUUCUCAGCAGCAGUUCAUCUGGGUUGUGAAGAGAGAAAAGAAUGGUGGAGGAAAAGAAGAGUGGCUGCCUGAAGGGUUUGAGAAAAGAGUGGAAGGAAAUGGUCUGAUUAUAAGAGGUUGGGCACCCCAAGUGCUGAUUCUUGAUCAUGAAGCAGUUGGAGGAUUUGUGACUCAUUGUGGGUGGAAUUCAACGCUGGAAGGAGUGGCUGCAGGGGUGCCCAUGGUUACAUGGCCUGUGUCUGCAGAGCAGUUUUACAAUGAGAAGUUGGUGACCCAAGUUUUGAGAAUAGGAGUUGGUGUUGGGGCUCAACAAUGGGUCAGAUUUUUGGGAGAUAGCAUAAGAAGGGAGGCCAUAGAGAAGGGGUUGCUUCGAAUAAUGGUUGGGGAAGAAGCAGAGGAAAUGAGAAGCAGAGCAAGAGAGCUUGGGAAGAUGGGAAACAGGGCUAUUGAAGAAGGGGGAUCCUCUUACUCUGAUUUGAAUGCCUUAAUUGACAACCUGAGAUCACACAGCUUUGCUGUUGAAGAGUAGGAUUAUUUCUCUUUGCUUUUUUUUUUUACUUAUAUUUUCCUGCCACUAGGGCUUGUUUGCCAGCUUAUGUCGUUGAGUUAUUUUCUGUAAUUUUGGCUCUUGAGCAAUUGCUUGUAUUUCUGUACUCGUUGGUUUUGCAAGAGAUU